UUAGGUACGAGCCAACUUUAGUGGCAUUGGUGUGCAGGUAUGAUGAUAAGAGUCAAAGAACACAUGGUUUCGGUCUAAAGUGUCGGCUCCUGCUUUACAAAAGAAGUUGCUCUGAGAAGGCCAAAGAGAACUUAUAGCUUACUGGGACGUGAAUUCAUUUGGCACACAGCCACACAGAGGAAUUGAUUUGCUACGGUCGCAGGAGACGACCAUGAGUUCAGCAGAAAUAGCUCCUAAUUUUUAUGAUUGUGAAGAUUUGGACAAACAUGUUUCUGAGGAGCUUUGGUACGCCAUCGCUGGUCAGGGGGUUAUGGUUCCUCAAGCUGGGGAACUUGUUGUGUACUUUCCCCAAGGGCAUUUGCAGCAGAGCGGUGGAGUCUCCAAGCAUUUGAAAGACGUCCCCUCUCAGAUCACAUGCCGCUUACUGAACUUAGAGCUGAAGUCCAAAAAGGAUUUUGUCUAUGCCCUGCUGCUACUUGAACCUGAGCCUAAUCAUGAUUUUGAGGUGAUUAAUAACAGAGGCUUACUUCCACCAAUGCCAAGGCAUCCUGUGUCUUACUUUUGCAAGAAAUUAGGAGUUGCAGACACAGUGGCCCAUGCUUGGUUAUCUAUACCAAGGAAACAUGCUGAGAAGUGUCUUCCUCAAUUGGAUAUGACACAGAUGGCACCAACGCAAGAGCUUGUGGUAAAGGAUCUUUCUGGAAAGGAGUGGUGCUUCCAACACAGAUUAGUGAGACAAAUGAGGCAUCUCCUUCAAAUUACAGACUUCGCAACUUCCAAAAAUCUUGUUGCAGGAGAUGUUAUUGUCAUUUUGAGUGUACCAUGCAGAGGACAAGAUGGUGAGCUACGCGUUGGGGUUAGACGAUCAAUGAGGCAACUUAGGAAUGUACCUGCACCGGAAAUGCUUAAUGAUAAAGGCAGUGAAAAAGGUGUUAGUAUUCUUGAAAGUAUAAGUCAUGCUGUGACCACAAGAUCCAAGUUUACUGUCUUAUAUAAGCCUAGGACUGGUACAGAACAAUUUGUUGUGUCAUUUAAUCAAUAUGUUGAUUCCAUCAAAAGCUGCCACACGGGGACGAGAUUUAGAAUGAUUUCCUCAAGGGAAGCUGCCACGGAGGACAGGGUUUCAGGUAUUAUAUCAGGAAUUGAGGAUUUUGAUUUAGCAUAGCCUGGUUCAAAAUGGAGAUGCCUAAAGGUGAAAUGGGACAAAAACUCACCAAUUGAAACUCGAAUUUCUCCUUGGGAAAUAGAGUUAAAAAAGAGAUCUCCAGUUCACAUUCUUCCAGACAUUGAAACAAAAAGACCCCGUGGUCAAAGAGGUUUGCAGAGAGAUCACAAGAGCAAAAAGGCAGAAGCCUGUCUGAACAAAGCCAAAAAAGUUCUUCAGUUUUAUCAUGAUGACGCCAUGAUGCAGGAAUCGCAUUCCAUUGUUGAGAACAAGACAUACCUCUCUGCUGUCGAUGACCUUAUUGACCUCUCGAUAGGUUCAUCUGUUUCUGGCAUUUCUGCUGCAGCUCAUAAUGUUCGCAAGCAGGCACAAGCAGCUCUUGACAUUGAAAUGUCAAAUCUUGCAAGAACAUUCUAUGGCCUCAAGUUAAGGAACACCAACCAUUUUGAGGAACUAUAGCUCAACGCAUCCUCCAACCACGGUCACUAAGUUAAACAGUCCAUUGCCCUUAGAUGGACCUUGUCUCUCCUCAACCAGUAGUGAGCCAGCUUCAUCGAGCUCCAAUAGCACCGGUGUUUCAAGCAGAGACAGUGAUUUAAUGCCUGCAGAGGACUUCUUAACAUUGCAAGGUGUCAUAUUUCGCUUGGAGGAGAAGAAGUUUGAUCUGAUCAACCCAAAAUCUGUCAAUGUUAUCGCGAGCAUAGCUAGCCGAAUGAUCCAAGCAGGAUACAAGGAGAGACUAAGAGAGACAUUCACUCAUUUAUCCCAAGAGUUGAUCAGGGAUUUCCACGUUCUUGACUUUGACUGGAAUUUUCAAUGCCGUUUGAGGGUUGAUGAAGGCGACUCCUGGCAUGGAGAGGAUAUAUCACUACAAUACUGGAAUUCAGCAUCACAGUUGAUCACAAGAGUUUGUAGAGAUGCGGCGACAGCUAAAUGAGCAGAGUUUUGGUGCCUUUGAUGAGCUCAAGGAGGAUUACUUUGCCAAGGUUGUAGAGCAGCCAGUUCGGAAGUUACUGGAUGUUGAUUCCAUGUCAGCUGCUCUUGACAGACUGUUGGAGGAGUUGCCUCCUGGAUUGAUCGAAAGCUUAUCAUCCAUCUUCCUGAGGACCGGUCAUGCCCUCACUACACACAAGACCAUUGCAGAUGCUGCCCCAACAAUAUUGGAGUUAGUAUCACCGGAAUGUAGAGGACCUAUCUCCAGAAAGGUUGAAGCAGUACAAGAGAGAGUUCAGGAUAUAGUGAACAGAAUGCUUGAUACUCUAACAAAUGUGAUCUCAUGCGGCGCUCUGCCAGAAACUGAAGGAAGUGACAUUCACCCUGUUACCAGAGCUGUUGCAAAAGGCAUAGGGUUGUUGUUUCAGCACAGAGUGACACUUAAUUUAAUUCUUGAUCGCAACCGUUGUCAAGAACUUGAUGGUAUACAGAGCAUAAAGUCGUUUCCUUGCUUGAUAUCCAAUCUGACUAUGCAUCUGGAACGUGUUCCGGAGCAGAACAGCAAGCUCCUGGUGCACAAAGAGUUGCAAUACAUAUUCUUGAUGAACAAUUUGCAGUUCAUUCUACAGCAAGCUGAGAACUCAGGGUUGAAAGAGCCUACUGGAUAUGACUGGGUGGUGCGGUACCAGAAGCAAAUUGAGCAUAACCUGGAGGAAUACAUUCAGACCUCCUGGGCUCCUGUAUCCUCUCACGUGGCAGAUAAGAGUGCAAAGCAAUUCAGUUUCUGGAAGCCUUCGUGUGUGCAACAGUUCACCACAGCCUUCCAAUCAGUUUAUGAUAUUCAGAGGCAUUGGAAGGUCCCAGAUCCGCAUCUUCGGGAAAAGCUGAGAGCAUCUAUAUCAAAGAAAAUAGUUCCCUCAUACUCUGAGUACCUGAAUAAACAUCGAAAGGAUAGCAGGUCAAUACAGAUGACGGCAAAAGAUUUGGAGGAUUUGCUGGCAGAACUGUUUGAAGGAUGACCUAAAGAAGCAUUGCUUAAUCUGGUUAAAAUAAUGUCCUUGCUGCAACAUGUGUAACUCAUAGAGUUAAAUAGCAUUGACCAUUAUCAAGAACUAUUUACAGUGAAUUUCUAUCAAUUCUUCAAUACUGAGUUCUGCUGUUUUCCUUUUUAUAUAUGCUUUUUCUUUCUCCUUAUGUAAUUCAAGGAAACUUCCUAUUUUCCUUUUAUUCGGCAAUAUUCUGAACAUGAUAGAAAAUUCACUCACCUAUAGGGACAAGAUUUCGUUUU